UUUCCCUACGUAUACACGUAUCCCUAAGCUAUGUGUCCACCAAACAACAUUAACAAUGUCUUCCCCCUUCUUUCGAAUAUCAUUCUCAUUGAUCUUCUUCUGGUUUUGAUUAGCUUUGGCCAUGGCAGCAGCAGUGAUCCCUCUCCACUUUGCCCUCCUUCUUCCUGUGGCAAAAUAAAAAACAUAACUCAUCCUUUCAGGCUCAAGACUGAUCCACCCCAUUGUGGAUCCAGAUACUCGUGGUUUCAGCUCGAUUGCAAGAACAACCACACUGUAUUCACCGUACGCUCUCCGAGGGGAGAUGCCAAGUCAGGAAUGUCAGCACGGACGUAUUUUGUCCAGAAUAUUAACUACACUGAUCAGACAAUAAGGAUUGUUGAAUCCAGGAUAAACACCGGGAAUCUUUCCUCUUGCCCUGUCAUUACUGAUCGUCGUUGGGGUCUCAGAACAGACUUCAAUGGAUUCUCUAUAGUAAACACCACAAUUAAUGCACGAGUGGCAUUCAUUCAUUGUUUGUCGCCGGUGAAUUCUCCGAAAUAUCUGAAAGCUCCAUUCUGCGGCGACGACACUAUCAAUGUAUUUGGCAAUUCCUCGGACUUGCAUGCUUAUGUUACAGUUGGGCAUCAUGGUCUAUUUGUGUCGGAUUUGGAGGAUUCGUGCAUGGUAGAUUUAGUGGGUAGAGCUUCGACCCGUGGCCCAAUAAUGAACAUAUCUUCAUUGCUCAAUAUCUAUGAAGGUUUGGCUUUUGGGUUUGAAUUUUACUGGUUCGAUGUGGAUAAAGUUUGCGGGAGGAGGCGUUUCCGAUUCUCUUUGGUACCAAAAGAUUUUAUGCCCAAAGAAUGUUGCUAUCUACAACCGAAUUCCAUCGCCUGUAAAAUUUCUCAACAACUUCUAAGGAAAAUUGCAUUUACUAUUGUAUGGGCACUUGCUGAGAUCUUUGCUAUCAGGCUUGUGGUCGGAUUUCUGAUUGGAUUUUCACUUCUAGUUUGGUUUGUGGUUCAUAAAUGGAGAAGACGACAUUUAUCCGCAGAUAAAAGUAUUGAAGAGUUUUUGCAAGAUCAACAUAACUUUGCACCAAUUAAGUAUGCUUACUCGGAGAUUAAGAAAAUGACCAACAGUUUUCAACAAAAAUUGGGUGAAGGUGGCUAUGGGAGUGUAUACAAAGGAAAACUUCGAAGUGGUCCUUAUGUUGCAAUUAAAAUGAUGGACCAAACCAUAUCCAGGGAAGAGGAGUUUAUCAGUGAAGUCGGAACCAUCGGUUGUAUUCAUCACGUCAACAUAGUGCAACUCAUUGGGUUUUGUGUAGAGCAUUCCAAGUACGCUUUGGUGUAUGAGUUUCUUCCAAAUGGUUCUCUUGAUCGAUACAUAUUUAGCCAAGAGAGCUUAGGGAUUACGCUGACAUGCGACAAAAUAUUUGAAAUUGCACUCGGGGUGGCGCGUGGAAUAGGCUAUCUACACCAUGGUUGUGAUAUGCAAAUCCUACACUUCGACAUCAAGCCUCACAACAUACUUCUUGAUGAGAAUUUCAACCCCAAAAUUUCCGAUUUUGGACUCGCAAGAUUGCAUUCUACUAAUGAGAGUUUCAUACGUUUGACGGAUGCAAGAGGAACAAUGGGAUACAUGGCGCCAGAAAUGUUUUAUAGAAAUAUGGGAGGCAUCUCAUACAAGGCUGAUAUCUAUAGCUUUGGGAUGAUGCUAAUGGAAAUGGCGGGUCGAAGGAAAAAUUUGAAUCACUUUGUAGAAGACCAAAGCCAAAUCUGUUUUCCAUCCUGGGUGUAUGACCAGCUCUGUGCCGGAAAGGACAUAGAGAUAAAUGAUGCAAGUGACGAGGAAACGAGAAUAGUGACAAGGAUUAUGAUCGUCGCAUUAUGGUGCAUACAAAUGAGACCGUCAAAUCGUCCCCCCAUAAGAAAAGUUGUAGAGAUGCUUGAAAGUGAAUCGCAACCAUCGAUGCCUCCGAAUCCUUUUGCAACUCUGAAUGAGAUAGCAGACGAUGAACAUGGAAUAACUCCAACUUAUAGUGUAGAUUACAUCAACUUGGAUUUUGGUGAAAUUUGAAUGUUGUAUAGUUUGAUGACUUGUGUAAGGUUUACAAAGUACCAAUGGUGUUUGAAUCCA